GCACGGCGCCGCUGUGCGUGGGGAUUCCGGCUGCACCCCCCCCCCCGCCCCCCUUCCCUCCCAGCGGAGGAUUACCCGGCCUGCCCCGCGGCAAGAUGGCGGCCUGAAGGGAGCGGGCGGCGGUGAAAAGCCUAGAGGAACCUUCUUGGAAGUCGUGUGUCUGGCGGCAGCCUCUGCCCCUGUCUCAGCUGGAAGUCCCAAGGGCUUGGGGGACUGCACAGAGUGAGCGUGGCCACCUAGGAAGAGGAGGGGGUGGUGCCUUGCCCCAUACUCACCCCCAGAGCGGAGAGAGUUCUCCCCGUCCCCCAGACUGGAGUUUGGAAGAAUUUUCCAGUGAAUGAGGAUUUCUAGACAACCUAUCACUCUCCAUUCCAUCUAAAUUUAAGAAAUUUGAUCAGUGAUGUUUCCAGUGGACCAGCAGUGAUGCGUGACAUCCACCUCCUGAGAGCGAGGAUGGAUUCCAGAGACCUUUCAUGUCUCCUACUUGUCAAGCCUCCCUCUGCUUCUGGGCUGUUUUCCACAGAUACCAAAGAACAGAAAGCUCCAGAGUUGGGCUGCUCGUAAACCAAGCUGUCUGUUUAUAUGGAGAGCCUGGAGGGCGUCUGCCAUGAGUCUGCUGCUAACAACAAGAACUGGCUGGUUUGGGAGAAGACACUAACCCCGAGCUGUCAGCCAAAGGAGGUGGAGGGGCCCCAGGAUGAGGAGAGCCAAGGGCUGACUCCAGGACAGCAGAACGGAGGGAGCUGCCGACAAACAGACGAAUGCCUGAGUGAAUCUCCGUGGUGAGGCCUCAGUCUGAGCCCCAUAGCUCCCUCCAGAAGGUUAAGGAGUUUCACCUCUCCCAAGAUGACCAGUGCAGCCCCCUCUAAGAAGCCGUACCGAAAGGCACCGCCACAGCACCGAGAGCUGCGGCCUGAGCUGUCUGCUCCAUGGGCUCAGCAGGAGGUCAGCAUAGUUGAAUGCCAGGAGUCCCUGACAGACUCGGAGAGGAUGAAGCUCCUGCAGCAGGAGAAUGAGGAGCUGCGGCGGCGCCUGGCCUCUGCUACCAGCCGGACAGAAGCCCUGGAGCGGGAGCUGGAGAUCGGACAGGACUAUUUGGAGCUGGAGCUGGGUCAGAGCCGUGAAGAAUUGGACAAAUUCAAGGACAAGUUUCGACGGUUACAGAAUAGCUACACAGCAUCACAGAGGAACAACCAGGAGCUGGAAGACAAGUUGCACACAUUGGCCUCUCUUAGCCACAGCUGGAUUUUUGCAAUUAAGAAGGCUGAGAUGGACCGGAAAACCCUGGACUGGGAGAUUGUGGAGCUGACCAACAAGCUCUUGGAUGCUAAGACUACCAUUAACAAGCUAGAAGAGCUCAAUGAGCGCUACCGGCAGGACUGUAACCUGGCUGUGCAGCUGCUUAAGUGCAACAAGUCCCAUUUCCGAAACCAUAAGUUUGCUGAUCUGCCGUAUGAACUUCAGGACAUGGUUAGCAAGCACUUGCACAGCACACAGGAUGCCCCUAGCCUGGCCCCAGGAGCUGUGGUGCCCACCUCAGUCAUUGCUCGAGUGCUAGAAAAGCCAGAGUCACUCCUGCUCAACUCUGCCCAGUCUGGCAGUGCUGGACGCCCUGUAGCCGAGGAUGUCUUUGUUCACGUGGAUAUGAGCGAGGGGGCCCUGGGCAAUCCUGCCAGUCCCACGGCUCCAAGGAGUCCCACCUCUCAAGCCAAUGGGGAGUGCUGCCCGCCAGGCAGUACUCAGGGCUCAUCAGAGGAAGAGCUGCCCUUGCCACCCUGUGAGAAGCUGAGCCCUUAUCCUACUCCACCACCCCCACACCCACUGUAUCCAGGCCGAAAAGUGAUUGAAUUCUCUGAAGACAAGGUGCGAAUCCCCAGGAAUAGCCCUCUGCCCAACUGUACCUAUGCCACUCGACAGGCCAUCUCUCUAAGCCUAGUGGAGGAGGGGUCAGAUCGAGCCCGACUCAGCCCUGGUAGCCCUGCCUCUACUCAGGCUUCACCUCGACCACUUGCCAGUCCACCCUCUGUACCUAGUGCUGUGGCCAGCUCUGCCAGCUCUGAAGAGGAUCUGCUUUUGGCUAGCUGGCAGCGAGCGUUUGUGGAUCGGGUACCUCCACCUGCCCCUCUGACUCAACGUACAGCCUUUGGGCGUGAUGCACUUCCAGAUUUGCAAAAUUUUGCUGGUAGCACCUCAGAUAAUGAGGACCCUGGCCCUGUGCCCUCCUCUCCAGUUGGUGAAGGGUGUCGACUCCUGCCUUUUCCCAGUCCACCCCCAUCCAGGGAUGAUGAGGAGUUGAACCUGCCCAUGAGCCCUACAGAGGAGCGCCAGAAACUGCUUCCUGAGGAGGGAAGGGAAGGGUCAGGCACCCCUUCGGGGGAGGGGAGGGUUCGAUUGACCUCUAACCGCCCCCAGAGAAGCCCCAAGCGGAUGGGUGUGCACCAUUUACACCGAAAGGACAGUCUGACCCAGGCCCAGGAGCAGGGCAACUUGCUUAACUAGGCCCUUGUCACCCCUUCUCCCUGCUAACACCUGCUCCCCUUCCCCUUCCUCUAACCACACACACCAUCAGUUGUUACUGCAUGGAGGAUACUGAGGCAUCUUGCUCACUCACUCUAAACUCAGGUUCCCUAACCCUCUGCUCCUUGGACCAGCCAGUUCAUGCCAUUGAAAAGCAGGGACCUUGACCUUGAAUGCAGCAUUGAAUUGGUCCCUUCACCCAACUUGAGCUUGGCCAUUUCUAAUGGGGACACUGAAUGUCCAUAUAUGGCCCCUUAGACCUUUAAUGAUCCGUGCUGAGCACAGGACACCGUAUCUUUUCCCAAAUGUUGACCAUCCUACGUUUUGGUCUGCACUGGGUGUUUGAGUAGGGUUGGGGUGGGGGAGGGGGCGGGGAAGGUCCUGUCAGUAUUUGCCCCCAAAUCUACUUCUCCCUCAAGGGAGUUCAUUUUUGGGGGAAGGGGUUGUUUUUGAACCCCGUGUUUCUAUUUACUUAUUACCUGAAACCCUUUUCAUGGCAGGGGCUAUUGCUACAGGUCCUUCCAGUAGAAUUGGCCCUGUGGGGGUAAAGAUGAAAGGAUGGCGGCUUAGGGCUUUGUCUCCUUGGGGACGGUGAGGUGGAGAGAAAUCUGCCUGGUCUGGCCCUAGACCUGGGGAAGACUAGAAGUGCCCCUCCCCUCCUUUGGCUCUAGACUGUUACUCUCAGCUUUGGGAAGUUUUCACAUUGAUGAGUCUAUUUUAAAAUCAGAAAUAAACUAUUUUAUCGGUA